AUGUACCUCUUGUGUCUGAGUGCAGUUUUAUGUCUUAUCCCAGCUAGCUCGGAUACCUUCCAUUGUCUUUCAUCUCACCUCCGUCAAUCCCACCCGUACUUCCCUCAGCAUUACAGACGCAGGCAUACUAUCCCCAAUGAUCUAGACGGUGCGCCGCGUAGUAAGCCGUUCAAAAACAUCCUGCUUAGAUUUUUGCUGUGUAGAUCGAAUGCAAAGCCGGAUACCGGGACAGAUAGCAAUACAGAACGGGGCCGCCAUGACAAAAGGUCAGUUGAGGGCAUUCUGGAUUAUCUGAUUCUAUUGCAGAUCAUUUGCAUCCGAGCCAGUGUUGAGACGGUCAUCAUUGGCUGGCUGUUUCAUGGUUGCAACAUUGACAUUGGUGAGGGGUUUCCUAGCCAUGCUGCUAAGAUCUUCUCUGCAAUUAUAUUGUGGACUGAUUUUGUUGUUCCAAUGUGUACGAUAGAAGGCAAGCAAGCUCCCACGGAGCUAAAGCGUAUCGGACAAGGAGCUCGGCCGAGAUUACUGCAAGGGUGGAUAAUCGCGAUGAACAUUCAAGCCACAUUGGCUGUGGAGGGAAGUCUACUUAAUGACGAGCAUUCUCCAGACUGGGUCAUUACCCAUUCAUCAGCGGUUUAUCCUGAAAUAGGUGAGUAUUCAGACAAAAGCAGGCAAAUCAUCAACAAAUCAAUGUAA